AUGGAAGCUAUGUUUGCAAUUAUAACAAUAUUAUGCUGCUUCACUUCCCCUGCAAUUGCAUGCCCCUUCCCUGAAAGAAAUCUUCUCCUGGAUUUCAAGGCAGCCGUUGUAGAUGAGUAUAACACUCUAACUUCCUGGAACGGAUUCAAUUGCUGCACGUGGAGAGGAGUCAGUUGUAAUCUCCGCACAGGCCAUGUUUCUCGACUGGAUCUGAGUGGAUUCAAUUUGGAAGGUAACAUCAGUUCAUCGCUGUUCCAACUUGCACGUGAAUUUUACGUGAGUUUGGAAAGCUUAUCAAAUCUGAUGAGCUUGGAAUACCUCUCUCUUGCUGAAGUGAACAUCUCUGUAAACAAAGAGUGGGGUGAAGUUGUUGGCAGUCUAUCCAACCUUCAACAACUCAGCAUGUCUGACUGUGGGCUUGGAGGACAAAUUCCCAAUUCCCUUCUCAACCUCACCUCUCUCGUCCAUCUCGAUCUAUCAUACAACUAUUUGUCAGCAUAUAUACCAGCUUGGAUUGAAAAUGUGACUGGGCGCUUGCUCUCUCUUGAUCUCUCUGGGAAUUACAAUCUUGGAGGAGACAAUUCUUUCAUUGGACAACGAAAGUCUUCUUUGUCACUAACCAGCAUUGAUCUUUCACGGACAGCCUUCAAGGGCCGAAUUCCAUCCGCUAUAGGGAAUGCGUUGUCCUUGGAAAGUCUUUAUCUGUCGUAUACCGGAAUUGAAGGUGAGAUUCCAUCUGCUAUAGGGAAUGUGUCGUCCUUGAAGAGUCUUUAUCUGUCUGAUAUCUCUAUUGAAGGUGAGUUUCCUGUCUCCAUACUCAAUCUCUCUAAACUUGUUGAAUUGGACCUGUCCUACAACAUGUUAACUGGGGUAAUCCCACCUUCAGUGGACUCACUUUCUUCCCUUGUUAGUCUUGACCUUAGUGCCAACGAAUUGAAUGGUACGAUUCCAUCUACAAUUUCAAAUCUUGUUAACUUAAGAAGCCUUUUGCUCCACUCCAAUAGUUUAAGCGGCCUCAUUUCCCUUUCCGUAUUCGAUAAUCUCACUAGUCUUGAUAGCCUGUAUCUUUCUUACAAUCAGUUAACUGUAAACAGUGAUUCAACAUGGAUUCCGCAGUUUAAGCUUUCCGUUUUGGCAUUAGGCUCUUGCAAUUUAGAUAGAAUUCCAUCGUUUCUUGUGACCCAAUACGACUUGGAAUAUCUAGACCUAUCUGAUAACAGUAUCCAAACAAAUAUUCCAUCUUGGAUAUGGAACUUACCCAGCCUUUAUAGUUUGAACCUUAGCUGUAAUCAAUUAACUGGGUCAUUUCCAUCUAGACAAACCUUAGCCAUGUAUUUUGACUAUCUAGAUUUGCACAAUAAUAGCUUGGAAGGUUCUCUUCCUCUUCCUCUCUUUGGAGCUUAUCUGCUAGAUCUGUCGAUGAAUCAGUUUAAUGGUUCUAUUCCUAGUCACAUCGGUGCGUAUCUUGAAAAUGCAAGGUUCUUAUCCUUGUCGCGGAAUAACCUCAGCGGAGCGAUUCCAGAUUCUAUUUGCACUCCAUAUUUGGAGGUUCUUGACCUUUCAAAAAAUACGCUGAGCAGUGUCAUUCCUCCUCAUUUAACCAGGAAUUGUUCUUCUCUUAGUGUUCUAGAUUUGGCAGAGAAUCAUCUGGAAGGUAAAUUGCCAGCAGAAUGGGGCAACAUUACAAACAUGCAUACAUUGAAGCUCAAUGGUAAUCAUUUGAGAGGAGUUAUUCCCUCAUCCAUUUCAGAAGGCCGAUCUCUGCAAGUAUUGGAUUUGGGAAAUAAUGAUUUGGAAGGCACCCUUCCCCACUGGAUUGGAAAGCUAUCACAGCUGCAUGUGUUGGUCUUAAGGUCUAAUCAUUUUCAUGGCAGUAUCCCACGCCUGGUAAUUGGCCUUCCGAAUCUUCAAAUUCUGGAUGUUUCUGGCAACCACCUUUCAGGAGCUAUUCCAAGCAACCUUACAAACCUGCUUGCAAUGGUCAAUGCAUCGCAGAAUAAUUCAAACCAUUUGGAAGACGUUAGAUAUACAAAUAAAAUUACAAUUUCCUGGAAAGGCUGGGAUGUUGAAUUUGUGAAAGUUCUCUUUAUUCUUAAAUGUAUUGAUCUUUCAAACAACAGUUUAUCAGGGAGCAUUCCUUUUAAAAUGGGAUCUCUUCAAGGCUUGAUAGCCCUUAACCUUUCAAGGAAUCAUCUCAGUGGCCGAAUCCCAAAAACAUUGGGACACAUGGAUCAGCUAGAGUCUCUGGACCUCUCGCUAAACAGCGUGUGCAACAACUCUUCUGGCUAUGGCAACUGCACAAGUAUUGAGAGAAUUGGUGAAGCAAAGAAUUCAGAUGGUGAAAUGAUAGGAUGGGCAGUCGGACUUGGAUUGAGUUAUGGUUUGGGAUUCUCUGUUGUGAUUGGAGUAUUGACUUUAAAUAAAAGGGUGAGAAAGAGAGCCUUCGAUUUGUAUGAUGUUGUAAUAUUAGCUAUUGAUGGGUGUAUAAGAGGUUAA